UUCACUAUGGGUAGCCGGAGAUGGCGGAUGGUGCCCUAGGUUUUCCUUCUCGGCUGGAGCUUCAGCGCAAGCUCUGGCUUCUGGUUUUCGUGCUUGGUCUCUGCUUCAGUGGCUCAGCCUCGGAGGUCAUCUUUGAAGAGCGGUUUGAAGAUGGUUGGCAAAGCCGAUGGGUAAUAUCAGACUGGAAGAAGAGUGAAGGCAAAGCAGGGACCUUUAAGCAUACAGCAGGAAAAUGGGCAGCUGAUCUAGAUGAUAAAGGCAUCCAGACAUAUCCUGAUGCUCGGCAUUUUGCUAUAAGUGCUAAGAUUCCUGAAUUCAGCAACAAGAAUAGGACAUUGGUGGUGCAAUACUCAAUAAAAUUUGAGCAGGAUAUUGAAUGCGGUGGUGGUUACAUCAAACUUAUGUCUGGUUAUGUUAAUCAGAAGAAAUUUGGUGGUGAUACUCCAUACAGUUUAAUGUUUGGACCUGAUAUAUGUGGCACCCAGACAAAAAAGCUCCAUGCUAUACUUUCAUACCAGGGACAGAACUAUCCUAUAAAGAAGGAUUUGCAAUGUGAAACUGAUAAAUUAACUCAUGUUUACACAUUUAUUCUAAGACCUGAUGCCUCUUUCAGUCUGCUUGUUGAUAAUCGAGAACGAGAAUCAGGAAGCAUGUACACUGACUGGGAUAUUCUUCCCCCUCGGAAAAUUAAAGAUGUCCAUGCAAAAAAGCCCAAAGACUGGGAUGAGAAGGAAUACAUUGAUGAUCCUAAUGAUGUUAAGCCAGAGGGCUAUGAUUCUAUUCCUUCUGAAAUUCCAGAUCCAAAAGCUAAGAAGCCUGAUACAUGGGAUGAUGAUGAGGAUGGUAUAUGGAGACCUCCAAAGGUUCCAAAUCCAGCAUACAAGGGACCAUGGAAGCGCAAGAGGAUCAAGAAUCCAAACUACAAGGGCAAAUGGAAGAUCCCAUGGAUUGACAACCCAGAGUUUGAAGAUGAUCCAGAUCUUUAUGUACUGAAACCUAUAAAAUAUGUGGGAAUUGAAGUAUGGCAGGUCAAGGCUGGCUCUGUCUUUGACAAUAUUUUAAUAUGUGAUGACCCAGCAUAUGCAAAACAAGUUGUGGAGGAAACUUGGGCCAAAAAUAGAGAGGCUGAGAAGGAAGCGUUUGAGGAAGCAGAGAAAAUAAGACGAGCUAAAGAAGAAGAGGAUGCCCAGAGGGCAAGGGAGGAAGGUGAGCGCAGGAGAAAAGAGAGGGGAAAUGACCGGCGUCACCGUGAUAGAGAGAGAUACAAGGACAGAUAUAGAAGGAACCGGGACUAUCUCGACGAUGAUUACCAUGAUGAAUUGUGAGAAGACGCCUUCGACGACUUCCGGCAAUCAAAAAUGGCUUCGAAGUUCAUCAUCAUCCAAGGGGCAAUAAAGAAUUUCAUCAUAUAUUGUGUUCAUUUAUGCUCUCCAUUGUACCAUGAAUUGCAAGAAACUUGCAGCUUUUAUUUCUGUCUCAAGAAACGCUUUAGAACAAACAAACCUUUUGUUGUAUUAUUGUAUUGUGUCAUUGUGAACUA